AUGGAGAAUCGCACGAAGGAGGAGCUGCAAGACUCGACAAUGAAAGUUUCAUCUCUUAAUUGCAUCGAUCUCGCCAACGAUGAUCUUCAUCAUUCUGUUGUUUCCCUCAAACAGGCAUGUUUGGAUUGUGGAUUUUUCUAUGUGAUCAACCAUGGAAUAAACGAAGAUUUCAUGGAAGAUGUUUUCGAGCAGAGCAAGAAGUUUUUCGCUCUUCCUCUGGAGGAGAAGAUGAAAGUUCUGAGAAACGAGAAGCAUCGUGGCUAUACACCUGUUCUUGAUGAAACUCUAGAUCCUGAAAAUCAAGUCACUGGAGAUCACAAAGAAGGUUAUUACAUUGGUAUCGAAGUUCCUAAAGAUGAUCCUGAUUGGGAUAAACUAUUUUAUGGACCUAACCCUUGGCCUGAUUCUGAUGUUUUACCAAAGUGGCGAGAAACCAUGGAGAAAUAUCAUCAAGAAGCAUUGAGGGUUUCUAAGGAUAUUGCAAGAUUAUUGGCUUUAGCACUUGAUUUGGAUGUGAAUUACUUUGAUACACAGGAGAUGCUUGGAAAGCCUAUUGCAACUAUGAGAUUACUGCGCUAUCAAGGGAUUUCUGAUCCGUCAAAAGGAAUAUAUGCAUGUGGAGCACAUUCUGAUUUCGGAAUGAUGACUCUGUUAGCCACUGAUGGUGUUAUGGGACUCCAGAUUUGUAAAGAUAAGAACGCCAAACCGCAGAAGUGGGAGUAUGUACCACCGAUUAAAGGAGCGUUUAUAGUGAAUCUUGGUGAUAUGCUUGAACGUUGGAGCAAUGGCUUCUUCAAAUCCACGAUGCAUCGAGUUCUUGGGAACGGUCAAGAACGAUAUUCCAUUCCGUUCUUCGUGGAACCGAAUCAUGAAUGUCUUGUGGAGUGUCUCCCGACAUGCAAAUCAGAAAGCAACGUUCCCAAAUAUCCAGCGAUCAAAUGUUCGACAUACCUCGCACAACGUUACAAGGAAACACACGCGGAUUUAAGCACCUACAAUCAAUAA